UGCAAUAUUUACGUGCAUUUUCCUCUCUUUCAUUUAAAGCUCUAUUUAAAGUUAAUAGAGCUUUAAAUCUAUAAUCUCUGAUGACCUCACAACCUUUUAAGCAACUCUUACGUCACUAUUUGAUGGCUAACAGGCUAGUGAACAUAAAAAUAUUAAUUUUAUUGCCCCACAUAUUUUGUGCAAACACACCUCUAGGCCUGUAAUUGAUGCACCUUUUGCUGCUCUUAACCUUGCAUGUACAUUUUUGUUAUCUGAUUUGAAGACAUUGUAUAAAAAGUGAAUGCAGAAUGAAUAAGGGUCACUACAAGGAUUAAAAAAUUUCAGAAUAUUUAAGACUUUUAUUUUUGCAUAGGGUAUUUUUGGAAUUAUUGUUAUUGUCUUGCCUGAUUAAAAAAAAAAUAAAGUGGGCUAACAGAAUUGCAUAAUUUAUUUGUUGUUGUUUUUAUAUUCUAUAAUUGUAUACACCCUUUUAAUAUUUUCAAUUAUUUUUUAAAAUUAAUUUUAAUUUUUCUGCUAGGCUGUUUAUUAAAAGCUUCAGAGAUACUGCACUAAUAAGACAGACAUGAAAAUUAAAAAAAUAAUAAAACUAAAACAGCAGCUCCCCAAUAAAGCUAUAUGUCCAAAAAAACAAACAGAUAUAAUGCUUAUAAACUGUGAAUAACAGGAUAUCUGUAAGAAUAAAUCUUGUCUGAUUGAGCUGGGCUACACAGUAGACUAGUUUACAGAAUAUAAAAGGCGAGGAGCUGUUGUUGUUAUUAUUACAAAGAGCCAUUUUAUAGGCUUUAAAGGUUAAAUAAAGUGUAAAUAAAGUUACAAUGAAAUCACAUCAAAUAAAAUGAACCCUGAAGAAGAAGAGCAGAUAAAUCAGAGGUCCUUUAAAGCCUGUAAAAUGGCUCUUUGUAAUAAAAAAAGCACAGCCUCGUUUAUGCUGUAAAUACAGCCAUUUCACCUGAUGUUUAUUAUCAUAAACUCUCUGUUAUUAACUGAGUUAUUAACCUGUAAGCUCUCCCAGGCUCUAUCAGUCACAUUUAGGGAAAGAAAAUGACAUUUAAAGUUAAAUUGCAAAACUUUCCAGGGCGGCAUUGUUGUUGUUGUUGUUGUUGUUGUUGUUUAUACGAUGCAUUGUGGGUAAAAUAUAGGAACCUUAAACUAUUUUCUAUGUAGGUGCAUGUGCAUGUGUGCGCGCGCUUGUUGCUCGGUUAAUCCGAGUGGCCCGUGAAUUAAUGCCCAAAGCCACACACACACACACACACACACACACACACACGGGACAGCCUGCCAGUCGCGCGCACGCUGUUAAUGAUCGACCAGCUCGCGCUUCAGACCGACAUUUCCUCACGGUUUAAGAGCCACGGAGUCGUAUCUGGUGCAUGAAGAGGCGAGCCGAGGAGCCGCGCUGCCCGAGUGCUUCCUGGUCCCAGAUACUUACAGGGAUGAGUUCCACCCGUUCAUCGAGGCGCUCCUGCCGCACGUGCGCGCCUUCUCCUACACCUGGUUCAACCUGCAGGCGCGCAAGCGCAAGUACUUCAAGAAGCACGAGAAGCGCAUGUCCAAGGACGAGGAGCGCGCCGUGAAGGACGAGCUGCUGGGUGAGAAGCCCGAGAUCAAGCAGAAGUGGGCAUCACGCCUCCUUGCCAAGCUGCGCAAGGACAUCCGGCCCGAGUUCCGCGAAGACUUCGUGCUCAGUGUGACGGGCAAGAAGCCGCCAUGCUGUGUGCUCUCCAACCCGGACCAGAAAGGCAAGAUGAGGCGCAUCGACUGCCUCAGGCAGGCCGACAAGGUGUGGAGGCUCGACCUGGUCAUGGUGAUCCUGUUUAAAGGCAGCCCGCUGGAGAGCACAGACGGAGAGCGGCUCGUCAAAUCGCCACAGUGCUCCAACCACAGCCUGUGCGUGCAGCCGCACCACAUCGGCGUCUCGGUCAAAGAGCUCGACCUCUACCUGGCCUACUUCGUCCACUCGCCAGAAUCAGGACAAUCAGACAGUUCCAGCCAACAGGCAGACUCAGACAUCAAACCUCCACCAAACGGGCAUUUGAGCUUCCAGGACUGCUUCGUCACAUCGGGGGUUUGGAACGCAGCCGAGCUCGUACGAGUUUCACAAACUCCUGUUGCCUCUGCCUCAGGUCCUAACUUUUCAUUGGCCGACCUGGAAAACCCCGGCUACUACAACAUCAACCAAGUAGCGCUUGGCCGACGCUCACUGACAUCACCGCCGUCUACUAGCUCCACUAAACGUAAGUCUAUAGAUGACAGUGAGAUGGACAGCCCAGUGGACGACGUCUUCUACCCCACGCGCUCCCCUGCUGGAACCAGCUCACAGUCCAGUGGCUGGCCCAAUGAUGUGGAUGCAGUGCAGCACCACUUGGCCAGCGUUCAGGAGAGGAAGAUAAAACAUGAAAAUGAUGGCGUGCAGUUCCCAUACCAUGGGCUGUCCUCUCCCGGGUCUCUAAAGAAGCCAUCGGGGAAAUUCGAUUUCGGCGCCCUGUCGGCUCAGACGAGGUCCCCCCGCAUGGCCUUCACACACCACCCACUGCCCAUGCUGGCGGGAGUGAGACCAGGAAGUCCCCGUGCCUCAGCCUCCGCUCUCCACUUCCCGUCUCCCUCCAUCAUCCAGCAGUCCAGCCCGUACUUCACCCACCCCACCAUCCGCUACCACCAUCACCAGGAUCCGCUCAAGGAGUUUGUCCAGUUCGUCUGCUCCGACGGCACGGCCCAGCCCGGUGCUCAGCCUAACGGGAGCGGUCAGAGCAAAAUGGCCGGCUCUUUCCUGUUUCCUCCACCUCCUCCAGUGGCACGGCCGGUGCCACUCCCCAUGCCCGACCCCAAACCCAGCCACACACACCCCGACGGGGGACUCGGCUCACCCGCAUCGCCCUCAUACUCCUCGCCAAGCUCCACAGCUCCCAACAGGUUUGUCGGCAUCGGAGCACGGGACAACUUUCUAAACAUCCCACAGCAGACACAGUCUUGGUUUCUUUGACAAGAUCCAUCUGAGACACACAGAUACAAAGUCUGUAGCUGAAACGUGAAACACAAAGCUAGGUAUGGACCGCUAUUAGCUAAUCACUCACAACCCCCUGUCCCUGAUCAACUCAGACCUGCAAGCACCCUGAAACCUUCACCAUGAGCCCUCGAACCAGGAUUCUGGAAAACUUCCAUAUGAGUCUUCAAAAACUGCAUGAUUCUGCAAAUCUGAAACUGGAAAGAGAAAAAAAAAGAAACCAGGAAAACAGCAACACAAAGAGCUGGAGUGGAAAACAGAUUUGUUUCCAUUCUGGAUGAAGAAGAGGUUUCAUUAGAAGAAGACUUUGUAAUGGUAUCAAGGUGACCUGAGAAUUGACCAAUCUUUUCAUCCUUACUUUUAUUCAUUUUUACAUCCUCCACCAAUCAUUCAGCGGGGCCAAACCAUUCUCCUUUCACUCCAUCACAGGUUGUUGAAAUUAAAUAAUUUUAAACAAUUUUCCUGAUAUUUUACAUCCAGUGAAAAUGAAGCAAAGCGUGAAACCGGGAUGGCGUCAUCCACAUGUUCCACAUCAAGCUGCACUUGAUUGUCAAGCCUGUCUCAAGCAUCUGAUUGGACAGGAACUACAAAAGACUCCCCAGCACCCCGCGCUUUGGAUUGGCCCAUCACGAUGACUGACAUUAUUAAAUCAUUGGUGUGUCCCAAACACUGGAAUGUUAAUAGUAAUUAGCAGUAAUUAAAACACUAAGGAAAGAAAGGUCUGAAACCCAUGAGAUCUGAUCUUAAUAGUCGCUAUUUUAAGUUUAUUUUUUAAGUUUAAUCAAUACAUUUAACCGAUAUACUUUCAACCUAAUGCGUCUGUAGUGUGUGUGCUAUUACCAGAAUUUCAACACUGAAAAAAGAACAGAAACCUGGUCACUCGUGUUUAUGAACAGUAAAUGGUAGAUUUAGCUACAUGUAGCUAGAGUUAGAGCUGUGUCACCUACCAAGUCCCGCCCACCAGCCAGCUCUCACCUAUCAUACGACAGCUAACAGCCGAGGAGGGUGAAGUCUAGCACAUGCUUUCUCUGAGUCACGUGAAGCCAGCCGUGGCAUCCUUUCAAACCGCUGCUCAUACUACGUGAAAUUUAACACGCUCUGAGGAAAACGCUAUCCGCCCUCUUCCGCAUACAUGAGCUUACAGAUGCCUACGAUUGGCUAGUGUCUCAGUGAUUGACAGGAGAAAGAGAUAGCAAUCUCUUUCACCCAGAGAGCAUGGCCAGUUUUGCUCUCUUGACCCCUGGCCACGGAUGGCAGUGGCGUUGCUGUUGAGAUCUCGCUCUUCAGGAGUGAGAGGGACAUUUUUUAAUCAUGUAGCUGCUCAUUUUCUGUGAAUGACCACAAUGAACAGAAAAAGCAGACUGAUUUCAUGUUGCAUCAGUUAGGCGUCUUGCUGUCAGACUAUAUCCCGAGCCAGGCGUGGUCAGACCAAACGCAAGUUAAACUGGCCUGGUCGAAAAAAAAAAAAAAAAAAGCAAACAUACUUGACACGGGAACGAGAG